AUGACUGCGGCGGUAUUCGGCUGCACUGGAGCAGUUGGCUCUCAGAUCUUGGCUACACUCCUCGCGACAGACACAUUUUCAACAGUGAAGACCAUCUCCAGGAGACUCCCAAAUGCACAGUCAGAUAAGCUGGAAGCACUUGAGGAGAGCGACACCUCGAAAUGGGGAAGCAUGAUCUCAUCCCUGUCCCCGAAGCCAUUAAUUGUUUUCAAUGCGGUCGGUACUACGACGGCGACAGCGGGGAGCAUCAAGAAUCAGUGGAAGAUUGAUCAUGAUUUAUGUGUCGAGAAUGCUCGAGCAGCUAAGGAGGCAGGCGUGAAGACUUACAUUUAUAUUUCUAGUGGAGGUACUAGAAGCUUUCUCUGGGGUUGGGUUCCAUACUCGAAGAUGAAGGUUGGUGUCGAGGAUGCCAUCGAGGAGCUUAAUUUUGACAAUGCUAUCAUUCUGAGACCGGGGAUGAUUAUCGGAAGGGAGGAAUCAAAGUCUUUCCUUUUAGAGAAGUUUGUGGAAGGUCUUCAGAAGCUAGGACAGGGUGUCCAGGACAAAGUUGGUCAAAACCAAACGACUAUUGGUAGAGCAGCUGUAGCAGCUGCUCGUGUGGUUGAAGAGGGCAAAGCCCCGUCUAAAUAUUGGGUUUUGGAACAGGCUGAUAUUGUCAGGCUUGGGAGAGAUGAGUGGAAAGAGUAA